GGUCCAACCAAGAUGUGAUGAGUGAAUGCAGCUCAAUUAUUCACCGACCGCUUGUAUAUAUUUAAAAUACAUGGCGUUCUUUCCUAUCAACUUCCUACUCUGCAUAUAAACAUUUAAUAUAUACAUUCAUACAUCGUUUCUUCCCAUUCAUACACAAAGACCAAGUCAUAGAAAUGAAGGUUGAAAUGGAAAUGGAAGUUGAAGGUGAGGAUUCUUAUGAGAAAUAUUCAAUGGAAAGUUCAAGCUCAUCAUAUGAUGUUUCUUCAUCUCCUCAAAGACCAUCUUCUUUGUCUGAGCUUGUUAGUUCUUGUCAUAGCUCAGAUUCUUCACGUAGCUCUCCGGUUUCAGAAACAAACAACAGAGGCAGCAAAGCAGGUCAGAAGAACAAGCCUGGAAGGAAAGCAGGCAGUUUCGCAUUCAGAAUUAAAGAGCACGUGAGAAUGGGACCGAAGUUAUCAGAAACGGUGAAAGGGAAGCUAAGUGUGGGGGCGAAAAUAAUACUAAAAGGUGGAAGGGAAAACAUAUUCCGACAUAUAUUUGGAGUAAGUGAAGGUGAGAAGCUGUUGAAGGCUUCUCAAUGUUACUUAUCGACCACAGCUGGUCCAAUUGCCGGAAUACUAUUCAUUUCCACUCUCAAACUCGCGUUCUUCAGUGAACGAUCAAUUACUCUGCCUUCUGACAAAGGAGGGUGCUUAAAGACGCCUUACAAGGUUUUGAUACCAAUAUCCAAGAUUAAAGAAGCAAACGAGAGUGAGAACGUCAACAAGCCAGCACAGAAGUACAUAGAAGUUGUUACAGAAGAUGGUUUCGAGUUUUGGUUUAUGGGAUUUGUAAGGUAUGAGAAAGCUUUCAUGAACCUUCAGAAGGCUAUUUCCAUGUCCAUAUAUGACAAGAGUGCCUAGUUCAUUUUGAAUUAAGUUGGGAAAGUAGAAGGUGGAUGUAGAAUAUAGACUUAUUGAGUGGUGUGCUUGAAAGAAACUGUUACUUCGACACUGUUUCUGUACAAACUACAUUUUUUAUCGUGUUCUGGGGAUAUCAUUUUUUGCUGCAUCUCA